UUAUCAAAACCUCACUCAUAAACUGACGGUUGAAUCUCUUUGGAGGAUUUUGGUAUUCGGGGAUGUGAAAGAUAGCUCUAAUACAAUCAUUGUCGGGAUGUUCAUUGCAUCGACAGAGUUCGUUUGAGUUCUAAUUAGAUACGUUGUCUUGUUUCAAACCAAUUGAAUUAGUUAAACAACAGUUUAAUGGCUCUUACACUAUUCAGAGGCAUUCAAUCUCGCCCAUUAUUACCACGUCCCUCCACCUUCAUAACAAGAAAACACGUUUUCUUCUGUUCAAUGCAAAACACACAAACCGAAACAACAACAACCACAACAAAAACAAAACAACAAACUCACUCAAACUUCACAGAAACACCUCGAGCAAAAGCGGUUGAAAAAGUACUAAAAGAUUAUGAAGCAAUCAUCGGUAUAGAAACACACGUCCAGCUGGCAACAAUGACAAAAGCCUUUUGUAGCUGUGCUUACAGUUACGGGUCACAACCAAAUUCAUGUAUUUGCCCCGUUUGUAUGGGUUUACCCGGUGCUUUACCCGUUUUGAAUUCCAAAGUGAUAGAGUAUGCAGUGAUGCUUGGUGUUGCACUCAAUUGCAAGUUGUCUUUGAAUUCAAAAUUUGAUAGGAAACAAUACUUUUAUCCUGAUCUUCCUAAAGGGUAUCAAAUUUCACAAUUUGAUAUUCCAAUUGCUACAAACGGGUUCAUUGAUUUGGAUCUUCCACUUGAAUUUGGUGGAGGGCAUAGAAGGUUUGGGAUUACUAGGGUUCAUAUGGAGGAGGAUGCAGGGAAGCUUCUUCACACGGGAUCCAGGAGUUAUUCUCAGGUUGAUUUGAACAGAGCAGGGGUACCUUUACUUGAAAUAGUUUCUGAACCUGAUAUGAGAACUGGAAUUGAGGCUGCAGAAUAUGCUGCAGAAUUACAAAGGGUAGUGAGAUAUUUGGGGGUUAGUAAUGGAAAUAUGCAAGAAGGAUCACUUCGUUGUGAUGUCAAUGUUUCCAUUCGUCCAAUUGGCCAAUUAGAAUUUGGCACCAAGGUGGAGAUAAAGAAUCUGAAUUCAUUUUCAGCAAUGAGUAGAGCUAUUGAUUUUGAGAUUGCAAGACAAGCAGCAUUAUAUAACCAAGGGCAAGCUGAGGAAAUUGUACAAGAAACACGUCUAUGGGAAGAAGGAGCUCAGAAAACAGUUACAAUGAGGAAAAAGGAAGGACUUGCAGAUUAUCGAUAUUUUCCCGAACCCGAUCUUCCAGAAGUUAUAUUCACAGAAGAAUAUGUCAAUGGAAUCCGUGAUUCCUUACCUGAGCUUCCGGAAUUGAAAAGAAGAAGAUAUGAGGAAAUGGGUUUAAGCAUGCAAGAUGUCCUUUUUCUUGCCAAUGAUGUGAAUGUUGCAGAUUUUUUUGAUGCCACAAUUGCUAAAGUACCUGAUGUAAAAUUAGCAGCUAACUGGAUCAUGGGAGAUAUUGCUGCAUACAUGAAGAAUGAAAAGUUGUCUAUAAAUGAAAUAAAACUUAGCCCUCAAGAAUUAAGUGAGUUGAUAGCUUCUAUAAAAAGUGCAACUAUUAGUGGAAAGAUAGGGAAAGAGAUACUCCUUGAACUUAUGGAAAAGGGUGGAACUGUUAAGGGACUUAUCAAAGAGAAAGAUCUUGUACAGAUAGUUGACCCUGUUGAGAUUGAGAAAAUAGUUGAUAAAGUAAUUACUAAUAACCCAAAGCAAUUGGAACAAUAUCGUGGAGGUAAAACCAAGCUGCAAGGUUUUUUUGCAGGGCAGGUGAUGAAAGAAUCAAAGGGAAAAGCAAAUCCAGGGCUUGUGAACAAAAUUCUUCUUGAAAAAUUAAACGCCAAAAACUGAUUCGAUUGUGUAGCCAUUUCUUUUUCGGAUGAAACCCCACCCAAGAGUUGUUACUUGUUACCUAUGAAAACAAGGCAAAGGACUUUUUCGUAUUUUACAAACCACAAGAAAUUGGAGAUGUAUUUUUUUUAGAUUAUAGGUUGCAAUUGUAUUUGACAUUCAUCUUGAAUAUUGUUUCUUACAAUUUAUUGCAGCUAAUGCUAAACAAGCUAGUUUUUU